AAGGUCAUGAACAUUCUUUGCCGUGCACGUUGGCCGACAGUGAUAAAGACUGAUCGCUGAACAAGUAUCGCCCAAGCCACGUAGACUUCCUUCCUUCAUCAGCUCGGCAGAAUCGAUCAUCAGCGACAAGCAAGUCCACAUCUCACGCAUCGCGUACCUCAGUCGACAAAGAUCACCCAUCACACUGGAAUAAACCACAUUGUCGCCACAUUAAGGAUCCCAAUCAGGAGUGUUCGGAAUUUCGCAGUGCCGAGUUUCACAAGACAGCAGGGCUGAGGCCGGACAAAAUCCCAAACACCAUCCAGACGCGUCCUUGCGCGUGGCAAUGGCGACUGAUCUGGACUUAGACGCAAAGCUGGAGCACCACUUCAAAGGCGACACCGAACUGCUCGCGAAGACCGCAUCUGCUCGCGCGGAAGUCAGGAAAGCAUUGGCGACGUUGCAGCAAGAGGUGCAAAAGUACUCCGCAUCUUCCUGUCAGAUCCAAGCCGAUAUCAAAUUCAACGUCCUUGGACCGAUCGCAAAGGAGCAUUUAUACAGUGUCAACAUCACGGACCGCAAGUUCGACCAGGAUUUAUUUGCGCGGACGAAGACUCUUGCUGGAAAGCCGGCAGCCAAAGGGACGGCUGGCUCGCCGGGUGCGCCCGCUCCACGAGCUUCUCAUGACGACGACGAAGUGGUGGAAGUCCGUCCAUUCAAGCGCUUACGCACCGACGAGAGCAAUGGUCAGCCGUCACCACGCAGCCGAGGUCUGGGAAGCUUUUCCGCCGACAUCACGGCCACCGAGCGCAUCGAGGGAACCCACAAGCUUAUGCAAACCUGGCACAACGAAUGGACAUCCCAAGGAGGUUGGCUUUUCGACACUCUGACCAAAGCCGCCGCAACCUCCACUACAAAUCACACUGCUCUCCUCACAAAACUCGACGUGCACUGCCGCAAAACCAACGCCGACAAAGUGCAAAGCAGAGAGGAGAAGUGGCGAUCCAGCAGUGCGACCUUUCACGAUCAGAAUCGAAGGGAGCGGGAGACGGCGGAGAAACGAAUCGAGGAGAAAUUGGAGAAGCAGCGAGAGCUGCUGGUGAAAAUUGCCGAGGCGAAUGGAGUGGAUGUGGAGGACGACGAUGAGGAGGACAAGCGGAGUGAAGUCAGUCUCGGUGCUCAGCUAACGGCGGAGCUGAACCUUGAAGCCUCACGAGCAGCGAGAGAUGGGACUGACUCGAGGAAGAACUCGUCAAUCACAAUUGACGAUUGA